AUGGCCGUGCCUGUGGCAGCAGACAACGACCUGAUUAACUUCGACAUCAUAGAAACACAUAAGGAAAACAUACAGUCAUUACCCGGUGGCCGGUCAGCAAAGCAACUCGCCGCUAUCCUCACACCACGCCCAUCUGGCAGACCAGGCUUACAGCCUGAACCUACGCUGAACGAGACCAAGACCCUGAACGACGCGAUCCGACAAGAGUACGAGAUUGAGCUGCAGUCAAUAGCAGAUGCUGAUGAUCCACUGGAUAUCUACGACCGAUAUGUGAAAUGGACGCUCAAUUCAUAUCCCUCUGCCCAGGCGACACCACAGUCGCAGUUACUGCCUCUUCUCGAGCGAGCAACGAAAGCCUUUCUUACCUCUUCACUCUACAAGAAUGAUCCACGGUACCUGAAGCUGUGGCUGCACUACAUUCGGCUAUUUUCUGAUAGCCCUCGGGAGACAUUUGCGUUCCUUGCUCGACAUGGCAUUGGUGAUGCGCUCGGACUCUUCUACGAAGAGUUUGCCGCUUGGCUAGAGGGCGCAGGGCGCUGGGUACAGGCAGAUGAAGUAUUCAAGCUUGGUAUUGAAAAAGAAGCGAGACCGACCGAGAGACUGAUCCGGAAAUACAACCAGUUCCAACAACGAUUUGAGGCGAGACCACAGACAGAUAACGAACCAAGCUCUCCCGCUCUUCCAACAGUGCGGCCUGCAUUGGCAGCAAAGAUUGACCCUUUUGCUUCGUCGCAUAGAGGCAACGAUGGUCAGGCGCCACAGCAGCAGCAGAAUGGUGCUGCUGCCCGCGCCGCAAAUUCUUCUCGCUCUGGCAAGCCAAAGAUGGCGAUAUUCUCAGAUGCCGACAAUGCUGCACCCCCUCCCGCAUCAACCUCGACGAAUGGUUGGGAUAACAUUGGCUCGAUCAAGGAGCGGAAGAAGGAAAACACCAUCGAAGCUAGACCUUGGGCUGGUGAAAAGAUGAAAGCAGGAGGCCGAGUAGGGACAGUACCAAAGAUGGAGAUUUUCAAAGACCCGUCCUUACAAGCAACAAGCAGACCGCAAGAAUCUGUUCAGCGGCCUGGAGAUGUCGUCAAUCCACGGACCGGCCGAAUAGAGCGUGUGUUUGUCAAUGUUGAAGCCAUCUAUCCCAGCAACGACCAAGAAUUCAGUUUCGAGGAGUUACGAGCUAUGUCGCGAGGGUGGCUCCAUAGAGACUGGCGGCAGCCGGAGGAACCAUCAUCGGGGACUCCUUUGAAAAUUCUUUCUGCAAACGGGCGCUCUCCACGAAAAUCCAGAUCCAAAGGUAGCAAAGCUCAGGAGCAGGAAGAUAUUGAGAACCUGAGCGAAUCAUUCCAGGAAAAGGUUGAUCUGAACGACACCUCUCAGGGUAGCCUCAGCGGUCAUGAUGUUUCAACACAAUCCAUGGUUGGGAUGCCAGGAUCACAGACGCUAUCUCAACCGCAAUCGCAAAGCCAGCAGCCGAGAGAUAAGAAGUACAAGAUCCGAGAAGUGAAGCAGGAAACACAGACAGUCAAGCUCCGUCUUCAGUCACCCACGGGCAAGAAACUCAAGAGGAAGAACACAGCCGAGCCAACGAUGACUUUCCACUCGAAAGCUGCAACAAAUGAGAUUUAUGACAUGUUCAAUCAGCCACUUCGUAAAUCAGAAGUAACCAAGGAUGAUACUCAAAGUGGUGAGGAGGCAGAAUUUGCUGAAGAUGUAGACGAUGGGUACAGCACGACAGGGGACGCCGAGAGCACCGGCACUGGAAGGGGGUUUGGAGCUGACAGUGAAUAUGGCGAUGAUACUUUGGCUUCACAAUUUGAUCACACUGAAAGCCAGAGCCAAACACAAACUCACAGUCAGCCCGAAAGUGUGUCUCCUUGGUCAGAUUUCACAGCCAGCAAGCACGUGCCACGGCUUGACUCUCGGAAUACUUCAUCUAGCAAGACCUCUCUUUCCUCAAACAAAGCUCACACCAAGACGAAGCUGAAGGACAAACACAGACACGCAAUGGCUGACGAUGUGACUGAAGGUCUAGCUUCCUCAAGUCAAAAUGCAACACAAACAUCCGGUCUCGGUAGUGGUUUUGACACACAAGCUAUUGCUGCUAUUGCCAACUGCAAUUUUGACGACAUGGACACCAAAGCCAUUGCCAUGAUUGCUGGGGAUGUUGACGAUGAAGAAGAGGACGAUCUUGAAAUCCAAGAUCCAUUGCACGCAUUAUCACACUCUGAGACAAAGGGCGCGGCUGAAGAAGGAGGAAUCGCUGAAGAGGAUCAAGAGACUGUACAUGAGGAUGACACCAGAGACAAUCUCUCAACACCUGUGGAUGAUGUCUUCACGGAGCAUCGCGAGAUUUCCCACAAGCCUCGCUUCAUUCCGCUUCCACCGGAAGACUACGAGCCUACUCCGGUGAGGCCGUAUCGAGACCCUGCCCUCGUCGCCCAAAACAAGCUGCCAUUCAUGACGCCAAUCGUCGAGAGAACUGAGAGUUCCCUUGCACCAUCGACCGUGUUCAAUGACCCAGACUACUUCACGUCGAAGACUCCGAGCAGAUUGCAACGAACUUACGAGAGCCCUUCUCAAGUGCAGAUCGACAAGCUCUUAUUGAGUAGUCCUCAGCAACAAGAUGGCACACCUCCUUCUUCUGGUAAAAGAAAGUACGAACAUACCGGUAUCACAGAAGAGGAGGCUGCGAGUUGUUCUCCACGUCAGAGAAAGGCCCCUGGACGAGGUCGCCCGAAUCCAAACGGUCACAUCCCUUUCCCUAUCGCCAAAGCCAGUCCAGCUUCGACCAAGGAUGAAGAGUCUCUCUUCAAGACCCCUGCUGUUCCAGACCAAUCGCCGGCGAGAAGCAUCACCCAAUCUGUCGUAAGGCAUAAGGGUCCGGUCGUAGCUGACUUACAAUGCAACCCAUGCGACGACGUCAUCCGACAGCAGAUUCUCACCGCCGUGUAUCCUCCGCUUUCGUCCUACGUUGGAUACCAUGAUCAUUCGGCGGAAGCACUCGGUCAGUACUCUGUGCUAAAGUCCUAUGCAGACAAGUUGUUGAAAAGCAAAGCCAAAGGUAGUCCACGGAAAAGCCAGGGAAGCAAAGACGCAGCUAUCAAAGCAGUGCCGCCUCUGCUCAAAUUCACAGGUGCUUCUCGCGUCUAUGCUGUGAAGCGUGAGUUGGGUGCAGGUGCCUUCGCGCCUGUCUACCUCGUCGAAAGCUAUGACCCGAACGAGAAUGCGCUCGCCAUAGCCGAUGAUGUGGAAGACAAGGAGAGCUCUAGCCCGAAGAAGUCAAUGGAUUCCACCCGCCAGCCUCUUGAAGCGCUCAAGACCGAAACUCCUCCUGGCACUUUGGUCUGGGAAUUCCACAUUCUCCGCACUGUUCGUCAACGUCUAGGCUCUGCCGCGCGGACGAUGCAGUCAAUCGUCCUUGCGCACGAAUGCCAUCUCUACCGCGACGAGGCGUACAUUGUACUCGAGUACAGUCCACAAGGUACAUUGCUUGACUUGGUCAACCUCGCACGGAACGAGAAUAUGAAGGCCGGCAAACCUGCCGAAGGUCUCGACGAGGUGCUUGCCAUGUGGUUCGGCGUUGAACUACUGCGGAGUCUGGAAGAUCUACACCAUGUAGGAAUCCUGCAUGGCGAUCUCAAGGGUGACAACUGCCUCGUCCGCUUCACCGGAACUGAUGUCACCGGCCCAUACGAGCCUCUUGGUGGAUCGGGUUGGAAUGACAAGGGAUUGAAACUCAUCGACUUUGGUCGUGGCAUCGAUACAAGGAUGUUCAAGGCAGGCGCCCAAUUCAUCGCCGACUGGCCUAGCUGUGCGACUGAUUGUGCCGAGAUUCGGGAGUGUAAGCCGUGGAAGUGGCAGAUUGAUUAUCAUGGUGCGGCGGGAGUGAUCCACAGCUUGCUAUUUGGGAAAUACAUCGAAACAAUCCCUGUCGGUGGCAGUCUUGGUCCGGGACAAAAGAAGGAAUGGAAACUCAAAGAGAACUUGAAGAGAUACUGGGAGAAGGAGAUCUGGACCGAGGUGUUUGGCGUGCUGUUGAAUCCUGCCACGGUGCAAGAUGGCGAGGAGAUGCCGAUCCAGCGCAAUCUCAAGCAGGUGAGGAUGCGAAUGGAAAAGUGGUUGACCGAGGAAGGCGAGAGAGGCGGAAGAGAUCUCAGAGGUGCUUUGAGGAAGAUGGAACGUCUUGUGGCGGGAAACAAGUCGGCAUGA